CCCACUUAUACGGGCUUUGUUGACACUUCUGAAGACGCCCUGCUUAUAUUCGAGGCCUGUCGCCUGGGCAUUCUCAAGUGUCGAAAUAGGCGUCUGGCCGAGAGCGAGCGCAAGCACAUCAGAUCCGGCUGGAUAUUCAUCUGGGACGAGACUGAAUCCCACAUCAAGCGCUGGACGGACGGCAAGAGAUGGUCACCAUCCCGCGUCAACGGGUGUUUUUGA